GCCAAAUAGUAAAAUAAUCAAAUUAAAAUUAUAAAAACACUAGAAAUAUAAUUAUAAUUUAUUUUCGCAUUUUAUAAAGAUCAGGCAAGAAAGAUGACAAAAUUAUUAGAAUGGAUAUCAGUGACUUCAGCAGCAUUUGCAGUGUGGUACUCUUUAAUUGGAGGCUACGUUAAACAUCCAUUUAUCGAACAGAACAUGAACCUUAUUAUAAUAUCACCUAUAAUAUUUGUCAUAUUGUUUGGUUUGUAUGCAGUUACAGUUGUACUGUUCAGAGUAUUUACAUUCAAUAAUUGUGAAGAUGCAGCUAAAGAGCUUCAAGCUGAAAUACUUGAAGCAAAGAAGGAUUUGCAUGAUCGUGGUUUAAGAUGGUAGAAUAUCAUUCCUAUAUAUAUAUGUAAACUUAUUUUAUGACUAUUUAAGAAGUAAAUAAAUUUUUAAUUUUA